GUGUGUGUGUGUGUGUGUGUGUGUGAGAGAGAGAGAGAGAGAGACCUUUACUAGAUAUGAUAUUUCAUCAUUGUAGACUAUUUGUAUAUAUUAUUCUUCUCAAUCACUCGCGUGCUUAACAAUGAUUGUCAAUAUCAUCAUAUCUCAUGAUGAAAGAAGAAGAAGAAAUUAUUAGACCAUUAUUUUGUGUCAUCAUCAUGUGGAGUAGAAAGGCGUUGUGGAGUUAUCCCAUAAGAAGAUACAGUUCUUCCAACUUGGAAAAAGAAGCCAAGCAAUUAACCUCCCAACUUUUGAACGUCGAUUGGUUGUCCAAAGAUUUGCAACUUAUUCACCAAUCCAACCAGUUGCUUUCAAAAUAUCGCAGUGUGUACAACACACCGGAAGGGAAGCCGAUGGAAGCCACCAUGCGGCAACUUUACCAAGCCAAGGAAGCAGCUAGAAUAGGGGCAGCACUUUCGUUGCACAUCGAAAACUUGUUGUCCAAGGUGAUGACCAGUUUGGGUCCGUUUGGAAAUCAUGUAUUGAAGAAAGAUGGUUAUGAGGAUGCAGUUAAAGAGACUAUCCAAGUAUAUGACGAAAUGAUUGAGAAACUUUCGGGAGAUGUGAAACAGAAAGCUAUCGAUAACUUGUCUCAGAGGAUCAUCCAGUUGCGACAAACCGUUCACGUGAACAACUUUAGUUGUGAGUUUUAUCCUGUUGCUGGAGACCACUUACAAGUGGAUGGUGUAGAAAAGAAAAAGAAAGAUUAGUUUGUUUUUCUCAUAAACAUUACUUUUGGUUAUCCAAUCAACCAAAAUGUGCCAA